AGCGCAACGGUCUCCUGGAUUUGCCCAAGAUUAAAAACAAAUCACACGAAAAGAAUUGGAGAAGAGAGAGAGAGGAAAAUAAAAACGAGAAACAAAGUAGCACUCCACUGUACACCACCGUCUCUUGCACUCCUCCGCCUCUCCCCCAAAUUCAACAGGAUCGUCGUGGGGAGCACAGCACAGCCGGCCGCACGCGGUGAGGCGCCGCUCUCGAAGCCCCCUCCACGGCUCCACCUCCUCCACCUCCUCCGGCAAAUUCUCUCCCAACCGUCCGGAACUCGAAGAGCAGCAUGGCUGCCGUGGGGCUCCGCCGCUCAACCGUCGUCACGCGGAGGAGCCUGCCUUCCGGAGCCGGCCGCCGUCUUCGCCCAGCCUCGAUGGUGUAGGAGAAAGAGGGGUAGGAGGGGGGAGUCAGUGGGAGAGAUAUGGGGGCAAUUGGAGGCGACGAGGUGGUGCAGUGGGAUAAGAUGGGUGCACCUGAGGCAGUCAAUGGAAGCUUUGGAGGCGCGGGAAAGAUGGAUAGGAUACAGGUAUUGGUGAGGCUGAGGCCAUUGAGCGAGAAGGAGGUCGCUAGGGGGGAACCAGCAGAGUGGGAGUGCAUCAAUGACAGCACUGUCAUGUUCCGGAGCACUUUCCCCGAUCGACCAACGGCGCCAACUGCAUACACGUUUGAUAGAGUAUUUCACUCUGACUGCAGUACCAAAGAAGUCUACGAGCAAGGGGUUAAGGAAGUUGCCCUCUCUGUAGUUAGUGGCAUUAACUCAAGUAUUUUUGCAUAUGGACAAACAAGCAGUGGAAAGACAUACACUAUGACUGGAGUAACAGAGUAUACAGUAGCAGAUAUAUAUGAUUAUAUUAAUAAGCAUGAAGAGAGAGCCUUUGUGUUGAAAUUCUCUGCGACUGAAAUAUAUAAUGAAGUUAUAAGGGAUCUUCUUAGUGCGGAAAAUACUCCUCUUAGACUCUGGGAUGAUGCAGAGAAGGGCACCUAUGUAGAGAACCUCACAGAGGUUGUAUUAAGGGAUUGGAACCAUCUCAAGGGACUUAUUUCUGUGUGUGAAGCUCAAAGGAGGACAGGGGAGACCUUCUUAAAUGAAAAAAGUUCUAGAUCCCAUCAGAUACUUAGAUUGACAGUAGAAAGCUCUGCUCGUGAGUUCUUAGGAAAGGACAAGUCAACUACACUCGUGGCUAGUGCGAAUUUUGUUGAUCUGGCUGGAAGUGAGCGUGCAUCUCAGGCAUUGUCAGCUGGCACAAGACUGAAAGAAGGUUGUCACAUUAAUAGAAGUUUGCUUGCCCUUGGCACUGUCAUUAGAAAACUGAGCAUGGGAAGUAAUGCACACAUACCGUAUAGAGACUCGAAGCUUACACGCAUGCUGCAGCCAUCUUUGGGAGGCAACGCAAGAACUGCAAUUAUUUGUACGCUGAGCCCUGCCACAAGCCACAUUGAGCAAUCGAGAAAUACUCUGCUAUUCGGGAGCUGUGCAAAAGAAGUAGUUACAAAUGCUCAGGUUAAUGUGGUCAUGUCUGAUAAAGCACUGGUCAAGCACUUGCAAAAGGAAGUUGCUAGACUGGAGAGUGAGUUGCGGCAUCCAGUUCAGAGUUCCAGUCUUGAAACAUUAUUGAAGGAAAAAGACAACCAAAUCAGAAAAAUGGAGAAAGAGAUAAAGGAACUGAAGUCACAACGUGAUUUGGCUCAAUCCAGGUUGCAAGACUUGUUGCAAUCUGUUGGGGAUCAUGACCCAAAACGUCAGGUCCAAGGGAAGCAUUCAAUCAGAAGCCCUCCAUCUAUUGGAAUGCCUCAGAGUGCCAGCAGAGAUGAUAGUUCUCAGGUUUCUCAUGAUGAUUCAGAUCUUUACAAGGAAGUGAGAUGUAUUGAAAGCAAUAGGACAGGAGGAAAUGAACAGUUGGACUUGUCAGCUGGUGAAAGUAGUAGCCCACAAAAUUCAAAUAGGAAUUCUGGUUUGCAUGGAAAUGAUUCAAAUGCAUCAGUGAAUUCUAGGCGUUCAAGGCCCCUUGGUAUUGGUGAAGCUCCUAUUACCUUGGAGGAACACUUAGAGAAUAUUAGAAGGCCUUUUGUCAGUCUCGCGAAAGAUCUAGGAUCUUCUACACGUAACUCAUCGAACUCAAGAGUGCUUGGUAGAAGCAGGAGCUGUAGAUCACUGACAGGUUCUACAAUGUUUGACGAUAUGGAGAUGGAUAAUUGCACUCCACUAAACAGAAGUUUGGUAGACUUCCCAGGAAGACCUGUAGAAUCUCAUAGAAGAGGAUCUGCACUGAACUAUGAUGCAGAGAGUGAAAUACUAUCAAAGGCAGGAUCCAUGACAAAUGGCUCUGUUGCAUGUGAGACAGAAUUUGCUGGUAUCGGUGAAUUUGUCGCUGAACUUAAAGAGAUGGCCCAGGUUCAUUAUCAGAAUGCAAAUGGAAAGAGCAUCGGAUUGGACCCGAUUGAGGGUGCUUUGCAGUCACCUUCUCGAUGGCCAUUGGAAUUCGAGAAGAAGCAACAAGAGAUCAUCGAACUUUGGCAAGCUUGCAGCAUUUCCUUGGUCCACAGGACAUACUUCUUCUUGCUAUUCAAGGGAGAAACAGCUGACUCGAUCUACAUGGAAGUGGAGCUUCGAAGGCUAUCAUUCCUUAGAGAUACAUACUCAAGGGGGAGCACACCUAGCAAUGUGAUAGUAGGCAGCCUGAGUACUUCUCCCGUUGCGAGUGCGAAGAAGCUGCAGCGUGAGAGGGAGAUGCUUGCCAGGCAGAUGCAGAAGCGGCUGUCGACGGAGGAGAGGGAGCACACGUACACCAAAUGGGGUGUGUCGCUGGACUCGAAGAAGAGGAAACUGCAGGUCGCUCGCCGCCUCUGGACCCAGACCAAAGACCUGGAGCAUGUCAGGGAGAGCGCUUCCCUGGUCGCCAAGCUGAUCGGGCUCCAGGAGCCAGGCCAGGUUCUCAGGGAGAUGUUCGGUCUCAGCUUCGCGCCGCAGCAGCAGCCGACCCGGCGAUCCUCCAACGGCUGGAGAUACGGGAUCCCGUCGUUCGUCUGAUUGGAUCGACCACGCACGUAGACAUGGCUGACACGACGAUGCGACUGACCAAAGAUCUUUUUUUUUUCCUUUUCAGUCCUGUAUCUGUAUGUUUUGAUUGUCUAUAGGAUUUUUUUAGGAAGCACAAAAUUGAUGGUGGCGUACAUCUGCGCCCUUCUGUUGCCGGCCUCGUGCAUGUUUCUGCCCAGCCGCCGCCGGUCUUUGAUUGCUGACAUUAUAUCGCCGCAGAGGUGAAACGGUGUUGUGUUGUAUAA